AACCAAGAGAAAGAAAUUGAGAGCAAAUCGCUUUACUUCGAUUACUCUCACUUUCUAUAUUAAUAAGAAAAACAGAGAGAUUUGGGAUAUGAUAUUGCUUCAUCUUCACCCUAUCGAUGGCGUAUCACAGUUUGCCGCCGCGAGUUCUUUGGUACAGAAAAAUGGCAGAAGGUCUCAGCGUUGGAGAGCACAGGCAGUUCCCUCCAGAACUCAGAGGAUAAUGGAGAGUGUUGCAGUGAGUGGGGAAGUUGGUGGUGCUGGAGGAGCUUACUCUUAUGAAGCCUUGAAAAGAUUAGACCAGCUAUGGUCUGGCAUAUGUUCGGCUCAAUCAGUUGUGCAAGAACCACAGAAAGUUGUAUCUACAAUUCCGAGUAUGUUUCAGUCAUCUGAUCUGGCUGGCAAAGAAGAAGGCUCAUACGAUGUGUUAGUGUGUGGAGGUACUCUGGGAAUCUUCAUUGCCACAGCCUUGAGUGCCCGAGGUCUUCGAGUUGCCAUUGUUGAAAGGAAUGUGCUAAAAGGGAGAGAACAAGAAUGGAACAUAUCAAGAAAGGAGCUUUCAGAACUUGUCGAAGUUGGAGUCCUGGAACAAGAUGACAUUGAAAGAGCCACGGCGGUUAAAUUCAACCCUAAUAGGUGUGGAUUUCAAGGAAAAGGUGAUAUCUGGGUUGAGGACAUUCUUAAUCUUGGUGUCUCACCUGUAAAACUCAUAGAAAUUGUAAAAAAACGAUUUGUCUCACUUGGUGGAGUCAUCUAUGAAGGUGUUGGUGUAUCCACCAUUAAUGUAUAUGAAGAUGCUGCGGUCCUAAAACUUUCUGGGGGCAGAACAUUGUCAUCUCGUCUUAUAAUUGAUGCAAUGGGGAACUUUUCCCCUGUUGUAAAACAGAUAAGAGGUGGGAGGAAGCCUGAUGGUGUUUGCCUUGUCGUUGGAACCUGUGCACGUGGCUUUAAGAAUAAUUCAACUAGUGAUGUCAUAUACAGCAGUUCAUCAGUAAAAUCAGUAGGAAAUUCCAAAGCACAAUUUUUCUGGGAGGCAUUUCCAGCUGGCUCAGGUCCCAUGGAUCGUACUACUUACAUGUUCACUUAUGUGGAACCCCAGCAUAAAGCCCCCAAAAUUGAAGAAUUGCUAGAAGAGUACUGGGAUUUAAUGCCAGAAUAUCAGGGUGUUUCUCUUGACAAUUUGGAGAUACUGAGAGUCAUUUAUGGCAUCUUUCCAACAUACCGCAACAGUCCGUUACCAGCUGCUUUUGAUAGGGUUCUACAGUUUGGUGACGCUAGUGGCAUACAGUCACCUGUAUCAUUUGGUGGUUUUGGUAGCCUGACGAGGCACCUUGGUAGAUUGUCAGAAGGAAUAUAUGAAGCAAUCGGUGGUGACUAUCUUGACUCACACAACUUGUCUCUGCUGAACCCAUACAUGCCAAACUUGAGUGCUUCAUGGCUGUUUCAAAGAGCAAUGUCAGCAAAGCAGCCGUCCAAUGUUUCCCCAGAUUUUAUUAAUGAACUACUUUACGCCAAUUUCGACUGUAUGCAGAGGCUUGGAGAUCCAGUGCUACGACCGUUUCUACAGGAUGUUGUACAGUUUGGUCCUCUUUCAAAGACCUUAGGCCUGGUCAUGUUAACUAGGCCUCAAAUACUCCCAUCAAUAUUCAAGCAGGUUGGUAUUCCUGUGCUUCUUGACUGGUCCAGACAUUUUUUUAUGCUUGGCUAUUACACUUUUCUCUCUACUUAUGCCAGCCCUAUUGUGAGGCCAUUCUUAAAAUCACUACCUUCCAAGAUGAGAUUCAAGUGGAAGAGGAAUCUUGAGUCUUGGAAAUAUGGAGCUGGACUUGACUACAAGCUCUAGCUGGCUUCUUUUAAGGAUGAUUCAUAUUUCAACAGAAGAUAGGGAUGAUGCAGUUUGGCACUUCUUUGUUUUAAAUUUUAUUUUAUUUUCAUUCAUUGGAAGUGACAGAACUGAAAAUCAUUGAAAAACUUCAGUCUUUCAGAGAUGUUUCUCAAUUUUCUUGACAAGGAUACGUUGCUUUGUAUUAGAGUGAUAAUUUUUGUUUGUAAUUUUACAUGCCAUUCUUAAUUUUUAGAGUAAAUAAAUUUUACUCUGCUCUGGUCCUUGAGAUA